AUCUUCAACUAUCGAAACACUUCCUUUUCACUGAAACAGAUUGUGAAAGUGUACUGUUCUCCAACGAGCUAAGGCCUAUCCGGCGACGUACACUAUUUUUUUACAGUCAUCUAUUUAAAAUCUUUUAAAAAAACAUAGAAAUGGCCGGAGAAGAUGAACUUGCAUGCGUUUAUGCCGCUCUUAUUUUGGCAGAUGAUCAAGUAGCAAUCACAAGUGAAAAAAUUUCCACUUUGUUGAAAGCUGCUGGAGUUUCUGUGGAGCCAUAUUGGCCAGGUCUCUUUGCAAAAGCCCUGGAGGGUUUGAAUGUUAGAGACCUGAUUACUAAUGUAGGAAGUUCUGCUGGUGCUGCUCCUGCAGCAUCUGGUGCUGCACCUGCUGCUGCUGCAGAAACAAAAGCUCCUGCUGCAGAAGAGAAGAAAAAAGAAACUAAAAAAGAAGAGUCUGAUCAGUCAGAUGAAGACAUGGGCUUUGGUCUGUUUGAUUAAUUCAUGGGUCUAGAUUGUUUCAAUAAAUAUUAUUCAACCUGA